UUUCGUCUAGGCCUAUUUUCGGUGACCCUGGUAUAAGUUGAAUGCCGAUCCCGAGGAUUUGUCGAUCACAUCACAGUAAACAGAAACAGUGCAGUCAGUGUCAGAAUUAUGAGGACAGCAAUUUUACGGGGAAUUGUCAACCAAUUAAAGUCAGCACCUUCAAAACCUGUCGGAAAGACAUGGUGCGAGACCAGGCGAUUCAUGAGAACCACGUCACAUCUUCACACCCUCACAGCCAAUCAGAGGGUUCAGUCAGAUGAUGUUACUAUGGUAACAAGGCCUGUAGAUCUGCUCUCAGAGGAGGAACUUAUGAUGAAGGAGUCGGUUUCCAAGCUUGCAUCAGAUGUGAUCAAACCUUUAGUAAGGAAAAUGGAUGAAGAAUCUCACUGUGACCCCUCUGUACUAAAAGCAUUGUUUGAAAACGGGUUGAUGGGAAUUGAAAUUGGCGCAGAAUAUGGAGGAACAAACUCGUCAUUUUUUGUGGCAAACUUAGUGGUAGAGGAGCUGGCCAAGGUCGAUCCUGCCAUCAGCGUCAUGGUGGAUGUACAGAAUACACUAGUAAACACCCUCAUCAAGAAACUGGGCACCCCUGAACAAAAAGAGAAAUACCUCCCCAGGCUGGCCACCGACAUGGUUGGUAGUUUUUGUUUGUCCGAGGCAGAUUCCGGAUCCGAUGCCUUUGCGAUGCGGGGAGCAGCUGUAAAACAAGGAGACUACUUCAUCCUUAAUGGGACGAAGAUCUGGAUCACUAAUGCUGAACACGCCGGAGUAUUUCUGGUUAUGGUCAAUGCCAACCCAACCGCAGGAUACAAAGGAAUUACCACGUUCCUGGUAGACAGAGAAACCGAGGGACUGAGCAUUGGGAAAAAGGAGGACAAACUGGGAAUCCGAGCAUCAAGCACCUGUCCCAUACAUCUAGACAAUGUCAAGGUCCCCGCCUCUAACAUCCUUGGAGAGUUUGGCCUGGGGUACAGAUACGCCAUAGAAAUGUUGAACGAAGGAAGGAUUGGAAUAGCCUCUCAGAUGUUGGGUCUGUCAGAGGGUUGCUUUAAUGCCACAGUUCCUUAUACACUUGAAAGAAAGCAGUUUGGAAAAAGAAUUUUUGACUUUCAGGCUAUGAGGCAUCAGAUAGCUCACGUGGCCAUGCAGAUCGAGGCGUGCAGAGCACUUGUUUACAAUGCAGCAAGGAAGAAGGAGGCCGGACAACCAUUUCUGAAGGAAGCAGCAAUGGCAAAAUUAUAUGCAUCAGAGUUGGCGACGUUGACAACAUCUAAAUGCAUUGAGUGGAUGGGAGGGGUUGGAUUUACAAAGGAUUAUCCAAUAGAAAAGUUCUACAGGGACUGUAAAGUGGGCACUAUUUAUGAAGGUACAUCAAACAUUCAGUUGAACACGAUUGCCAAAUGCUUGGAGGCGGAGGGGUUUUCUGGGAAAUGAGAUAGCUCACAGUGAACUUCACUCUAACGAACAAAAGAUAUUGGGAUUUAAUUCGUUGAUCAUUUAUGAAGUCUUCAUUCACUGUGAUUAAGAGAAUAUUGAACACAGAAUAAUUUCUAGGUUAUUUAUCACAUAUACAGUAUGUUGAUUGAUAUGCAGACGCUUGUGGUCAGACUCUAACACUAACCACUAACUACAGAGGACCAUACAUCAGGCAAUUUCUGUGUGUGGAAUAUCAUUGUUGGAGUUUUCCUCAAAACGCAAAAGAAGAGUUGAAAAUGAUAACACUUUAUUAUUUGAUGGAUUUUUAUUUCAUGCAUAUAUAUUUCAUUCGUAGGAGUGGAUAUUUUGACACUCUUAUCUGGCAAAUUUUUAUCAUCUCAGAUGAUCUGCCAAAAAAGUACAUUUCAAACACAGCAAAAUUACCUGGAAUUUUGUACAGAUGUUAUAGAUCUUUUGAACCUGAAUACAUAAUUAGUUUCCUGUGCUUUUGUGAUCAGCAUUGACACCAGCAUUUUAUGGAAGAACUGGGAUAUUACACAACUAGGCAGACGAUGUUGAUGAAAUGCUCUACCAUUGAUCAUCAUGGAAUCAGUAUUUACAAUGAGAUUAGCUGUAGGAUGUCAUGUUAUUUAUUCAGAUAUACACAUAAACACUCUCGUAUCUUGUUAAAGUCCUCAAACCUACAUCGUAAUGUGUGCUUCUAUGUGUAGUUUGAUAAUUUCUUUUAUUUUAUUGUUAUUUGUUUUGUUUUUGUGUAAUAAAAGUAAUCUCAC